AUGGGUGAUUCCGAUGAGGAAUAUUUACGAGCGAUUAAUAAUUAUUUGACAACGACACUCAGAGGUACAAACAUUCGCAGUCACACGAAAAACGCGCACUUUCAGUCAAAUCAAGACACAGUUCUACGGAGCAUUUCGAGCCGAGAUAUAGUGCACAGAUGUCGCCGAAGAAGGUGCCAGCUAUCAAUCGUAAUGUGGCACUGCUGAGCAAUGGAAAUCCGCCAAAAAGGUUUCGGCUUCUUGUGAAGGGAUAUGCAAAAGUCUUUUCAUUCAGAGAGGAAACGAUCUCAACCAUCAACUCGUCUACAUCUUCCACGUGCAAUUCGUCGCCACAUCAACAAAGUGCUGAUCACAGCCGUGCUUCGAGAAAUGUAUUUUCUCCAGAGUUCCUUCUCUGAAUGAUAACAUAAUUUCAGGGAACAGGCAUUUCUCAGAUUCUAAACUACGGCGAAGAGGUCACGCCAGAAACGGCGGCAUAUCUUCAGCCGAUCGGACGCCGCCGCAUGGAUUUUGUAUCUGAAAUUAGUCAGCCCGCUCCUCUGCCGAAUCCACCUCAGCAACAUCUCCAAGAUCAGCCGCAACAGUCACAAUCUAUUGAAGGGGCGCAGUUGAUAACGUAUUCGAGAGAAGAUAUGGAACGAGUCGCCCAAACAAGAAGUAGGCAGGAAAAUCGUGAAAACCACAAUGGUUUUUCUGGUAACGACGUUCCUUUCAUUCCGUUGGAGACUGUGCCGGUUCAAACUCCCGCCCAACGCCCAGAACGACAAAGUCAGCGUGACAGGUAUCCGGUGAGACAAACGGAUUUUGCCUCAUGAAUUAGAAACUAUUUCAGGCGCGUUCUCAAUCUCGCAGACGAUUUCCCAUCGAAGAAAUUCCUGCCGCCGACCAGAGUACGUGGAUGGAUGCUUCUAUUCCAGCUACGCGCCCUUCGAACAACUUUGAUCUCAACGCAAACGAACCGAUACUCGCUUCUUCCACUCUGGUCGCUGAGCAAAUCAGUCGUACUCGUUCUCCUCAAGAUUAUCCGAACAUGUUCACUGCUCUCCGACAACAGAUUGCUCAAGAAGAACGUCGAGAUAAUUUCGGCCAGCAGCCAAUGCAUCAGCCAUCUCAACCUGCACAACAGAUCACACAGCGUCUAGUGCAGUCAGUUAAUCGUCUCCAACAGCCGCUUCAGAGUGCUCAACUCCCGUCUCGUCCCCUUCAGCCACCGGCUCCUGUUGAACAACAACCAAUUCGAGUUCCUCAACAGCCAACUAUUCGUCUUCAACAGCAACCAAUCCGUCUUCAGCAAUAUCAGAUGCAAGGCUCGCGACAAUCAAACCCGCCGAAUCAACAGAAACAGUCAAUACGACAUCCGAUGCAACAAGCGCCCCUGCCGCAACGAUCAAACUAUCCCUCUCAGCAGCAGCAACCCCUCAGACCACCUCAGCAGCCUCCGAAACCUGCCUAUUCUCAACCGACGACUAAGAAACCGUUAUCUCUAAGCAUGGCUACGAGCACAAGGCCGAUUUCGCCCGUUGAAGAGAUUUUUCCGAGGCCCAUUCCGAUUGUCCGAGACGGAGAACAAGCGGUAUUCCAGCGACAGCCGCUGGUUCCAAUGCGUCGUGUGCAGAAGCCACUCGAAAUUCCGGAUGCUUCAGUUAACAGAAAUUCUAUUCCAACUGUGCAAAUGCCACCGAUUUCUGUGAAUACUCGUACAGACAUUUUGCCGCCGAUACAGUCACAGGUAGAGAAAUUACAGAAAUGUGUUUAAAAGUUAAGAUUCACGUUUCCAGCUGUUUCGUGCAAUACAGAAUCUGCCAGAUUUGAGUGAUCCCGAUAUUACUGAUCUGUGGGGAGUUCGUCACGUCCGUCAUCAACAGCGACCAGGUCGAGAAGCCAAACCGGGCGUUCCCCUUACGGUCAGCCCACAUCCACCUCGGGCACCGUCCAUUCUUAUACGUCGAGAGAAUGACAUUCCGGAAUAUCAAAUAUUACAAAACCAAUUGGAAACAUCAUGUGAUUUUUUGCGAAAUCUAACUCCGGAGCAGGUGGACGAAUUUGAUGAAAAGCAACUGCAGGACAUUGUGGAGAAAUUGUGAGAUUGUGAAUGUUUUUAGACUCAAAUCGUUUUUACAGCUACGAUGGUACUCCACGCGAGAAGUUCAAGCAAAAUUAUCCGUUCAUGGUGGAAGGAGCCAUUCAGAAAGAUUCUCAAAUACCUAAUCAGCUGAGAGUGUUCUCUUCCAGGAUAGGAAAAGUUAUGAUUCCCGACCGUCCUGACCGCAAAAACAACGACUACGUCUACUUUCUGGUCGUCAAAGAAGGCGACUACCGCGGAGUCAGGCUCUGUCCCAUUCAAAUCAUUACUCGAUCAUUCUAGGUUUCUUUCGAUUGUCAUCCCCGGAGCCUCGUUUCGGCAAAGUUUCCGUCUGAGCACAGGAUUGUUAUUCGUGGAUAUGCCAUUCUCGGACAGCCAGUCGGCAAGCAAACGAACCGUUUAUCGGAAGGUCGUUGGAUUUGUUUCAACGAUUCGUUGGGUCUCAUGCACAUCGUUUCGGGAGCAGCCCGCACUUCCGUCAAGAAGCAGCCAGUCUGGGACAAGCGACUCGACGUCAGUCCAAACAAAUCUAUCACUUCUCAUAAUUUGUCCGUUCAGAUCGUUUCUAUCAGCGCGAGCUUCGAGAACAAUCGCUUCAUUGUGACGCACAUUGUCGCGCUGACAAACAACGAAGAAAAGAAAAGACAGUUCCCGGAAGAAGUCUUUCUUGUUCCUGACAUGACUCUUCAAAGAACUGUGAGAUACCGCUCUUACUAUUGAGUGCAAAAAGAGUUUUUUAGUGCGUGGAUGAAUACUAUUUCUACUCGACCUAUCUCGACGUGACUGUGACUAUGAAGAAGACACUCAUAGGAGAAAUCGAGAUUGACCCGUUUCGUGAGUACGAGGUAACUGCUUUCUCCAAAUCUCUCCAAGUUUAUCCAAGCGUUUAGAUCGUCGCCGUUCCUACGUUCCCAGUCUCCACUCGUCUCGAUUUCCGUGGCAUCAUGCUCAUUGACGAUAUGUUCUUCUGGAGUUCCAAGGAUAGACAAUGGGUCUACGAGAAGCUGCAGAAACGGACGGAAGCGUAUCGUGUAUGUAAUUAUACGCGAAAAUCUUUAAAAAUUGAAUGCUUUCAGGAAGAUUUCCUAUCUUCCCAACAAAAUCAUCGCUCUUCUCGUCCGCAGUCAUCUCCGAGGCUGCCCCUUACUCAUUUUCCACCGAAGACCAAGUGA